AUGGACUCUGUUAUAAUAAAACCAACAUUGAGCUUUCUUUGUUUCAAUUCCAUAAACACCAAAACCAGAACUUACUACCCAACAUACUGUUCGUUCUUCAAAUUCAGUCAGUUUAACAAAUUCAAAACCUCUUCAGUCAUCUCUUUUUCUUUCAAAAACCCUUCAAAUCCAGAAAACCUCGAACCAAAAUCUAAUAAUAAUAACCGUAGGAAUUUCCCUUUAAACCCUCUAUGCAUUUUGUUUCCAAUCUUACGGUCUAUCAAAGGUUUUGCCUCUUCACAAACUAAGAAAUGGGUUUCACGUCUGCAAGCACAUAAUAAUGAGUUAGAGAGUAUCUUAGAUCAACAUAAGAGUAACAAUUACUUGCAAAACGGGGCGUUUGGUGUCGCUUUAUUAAGCGUGACUUCGACUGCAAAAGUCAAAAUCAGUCCAUUUGUGGCCACAUUGGCUGCUAAUCCCACAUUUGUAUCUGGUUUGUUUGCGUGGAUUGUAGCACAAUCCACAAAGGUGGCUUUGAAUUUCUUUGUUGAUAGAAAAUUGGAUUUUAGAAUACUAUUUGCCUCUGGAGGAAUGCCCUCUUCGCACUCCGCUUUAUGCACGGCUUUGACUACGUCAGUGGCGCUUUGUCAUGGAGUGGCGGACUCCUUAUUUCCGGUUUGUUUGGGGUUUAGUUCCAUUGUUAUGUAUGAUGCAAUUGGUGUUCGACGCCAUGCUGGCAUGCAAGCUGAGGUUCUUAAUAUGAUUGUUGAGGACUUGUUUCAAGGUCAUCCCAUCAGUCAAAGAAAGCUCAAAGAGCUUCUAGGCCACACUCCAUUACAGGUCUUUGCUGGAGCUAUCAUUGGUAUCGUGGUUGCCUGUAUCUGUUGUCAAGGUUGCUUAGUUGCAACCUGAAACUGCUUCUGCAGCAAGUUUUGGUCAUUUUUUGGCAUGGGCCAUUCUUAUGUUUAAACUGCGUUGGCUCUUUUGAUGGCCUGCCCAGUUAUUGUAUUCUAUUGAUGACAAUGGAAUACCAAAAAUGAAAAACAGAAUAUGCAUGAUAUAAAUGAGGUGGUUAACUAAUUAUUUCA